UAUUGCGUCACGCUUACGCACAUUUUAUGUGCCCAGUCUCCCGUACGGUACACGCGUGUUUUAUCGGCAAAGACAGGAAUGAUGGGCGAUGACGUGGAGCGUGUGUUGAUCCAGCUUCAGGAUGAGGGGGGUGAGGUGCUGGGUUCCCCUUUUGAUGUACCGCUGGACAUCACCCCCGAUAAACUACAGCUGGUCUGCAAUGCACUUUUACAGAAGGAGGAGCCUUUGCCGUUCCUGUUUUUCGUGAAAGAUGCAGAGGUGGUGUCGUCUCUGGGUACCUGCGUACAGACUCUGGGUCUGGAGACCGAGCAGGUGCUUCCCGUGGUGUACCAGCCACAAGCUGUGUUUCGGGUUCGAGCCGUGGCUCGAUGUACCAGCUCUUUGGAGGGCCACACAGAAGCGGUCAUCUCUGUGGCUUUUAGCCCUACGGGAAAAUAUCUGGCGAGUGGAUCUGGAGACACAACAGUGAGGUUUUGGGAUUUGACUACAGAAACUCCACAUUACACAGCCAGAGGCCACACGCACUGGGUUUUAUCCAUCGCUUGGUCUCCAGAUGGCAAAAAGUUAGCAUCAGGGUGCAAAAACAGUCAGAUCUUCCUAUGGGAUCCAAUCACAGGAAACCAAAUAGGAAAGACUUUGACGGGACACACCAAGUGGAUCACCUGGCUGUGCUGGGAACCACUGCACCUGAACCCAGAAUGCCGCUAUUUAGCUAGUUCCUCUAAAGACUGCUCAAUUCGGAUAUGGGACACAGUUUUGGGCCGAUGUGAUAAGAUCCUUACGGGUCACACGCAUUCUGUGACCUGUGUGAAGUGGGGUGGUGAUGGACUCCUGUACACCUCAUCUCAGGACAGAACUAUUAAAGUGUGGCGAGCCAAAGAUGGGGUUCAGUGUCGGACACUGCAGGGUCACGCUCACUGGGUGAACACGUUGGCCCUCAGUACAGACUAUGUUUUGCGCACAGGAGCGUUUGAACCAGCCACCGCCACCAUUAACCCUAAGGAUCUUACUGGCUCACUGGAAGAGAUCAAGGAGAAAGCUUUGAAGCGAUACAACGACGUCAGAGGUGAAGGUCAUGAAAGGCUAGUGUCUGGUUCGGAUGACUUCACAAUGUUUUUAUGGAACCCAGCGGAGGAUAAGAAGCCAGUGGCCCGUAUGACGGGUCACCAAGCUCUUGUCAAUGAAGUGCUUUUCUCUCCAGACACACGGCUCAUUGCCAGCGCGUCCUUCGAUAAGUCUAUCAAGAUCUGGGAUGGAAAGACUGGCAAGUACCUGACAUCAUUACGGGGUCAUGUGGGGCCGGUGUACCAGGUGGCGUGGUCCGCCGACAGCCGUCUGCUGGUGAGUGGCAGUAGUGACAGCACUCUGAAGGUGUGGGACGUCAAGACAGCCAAACUGACCGUAGAUCUGCCGGGCCAUGCUGAUGAGGUUUUUGCCGUCGAUUGGAGUACUGAUGGGCAGAGGGUGGCCAGCGGUGGGAAGGACAAGUGUUUAAGAAUAUGGAGGCGGUAGCCACAGAAACCAGAGCUCUUUUGCUCUGCAUGCAACGGCCAAUCAGGUGCCUCGAUGCAACCACUGAUGGUCCACCACACAGGACAACAGACAGCAGCGUCAACGCAAGAAACAUCGACUUAAUCACUCAACAUAACAGGCAGCUUUACUGUUGCUGACAAACAUAGCACUCUCUGAUGUUGUCGUCAACUAGAUGGCAAAAAUAAGAUUAUAUGGUGCCUUUUCUGGCCUGAUGACAUAUGGCGUCACGCUGCUCGUGAGCGAUUGCCCCGUGGAAUCUGCAGCCAAGAUGGCCUGGUUUAAUCUAUGUAAUCUUUCCUACACACACCUUAUUUGUAAUUAACUUAAUCCCUAAUGCCGUGAUACAGGCGGCAUUAACUGAGUCUGUUCCAGCAGAGAGAGAUAACCAGCAGCGUCACAGCGGACCACGCUACGUCAACAGAGAUGUUUUCUCAUUACGAGCAGUAAAAGAAAUGUGAUGGGAUACA